AUGAUGUCCACCCGAGGCUUCGUGAAUGGCGACACCUGCUGGUCCCUGUGGUCUGAGCUGUCUCAGCAGAUCAAGGAGCAAGAACAGCGGGAGCACCGUGUCUCCUAUGUCUGCAUCGCACCGGACCGUGGCUACUUUGUGCUCUUCGAGAGUGGUGGAUGGGCCCAUAACCGCUUACCCGAGAGCCUCCGGUGCUUCCUCACGCAGAACCGGGAGCGGCUGUCACAGGUGGACACCAUGAGCGUGUCCCACGAGGGCGCCUGGUUCGUCUCCUUCCGCGAUGGCCUGAAGCCUCGCUGGCGCUGCGACCGGCUGCCGCGCCGCUUAGGGGAACGACUCUUGCAGCUGAGUGGUGGAGAUUGGAAGAUCCAAUCUGUGGAAUUCGGUUUCGAUGGCUCGUGGCUACUGCGCUUCGAUAGCUUCGAAGGGGCUCAAAAGGAAAGAGAGACGCGGCUCGCUCUGUGGGCAGUUUGA